AUGCAAUUCAUUUCACUUAUUGGAAUGUGGAUUUUACAACUUAUUCAACUAACUACAAUGAAAUCCAUGGAAAAUAAAAUUCCCAUUGUGAUCUUAUUUGAUGGUGAUCGAGGUCUACAAUACUUGAAUAGCCUACUUAAAUCUAUUUUCUAUCAUCAAAAUGGAAGAUUUCGAUGUGAUUUAAAGGCUUGUUGUCUAUCAAACUUUUGUGACCCAUUUACGUAUGAUUGUCAAACUGUUAUGAACAAUGUGUCAACAACAUAUACAACUGUAUUUCAUUUCUUAAUAACGACGAUUUCAUUAAAUAGUCAGUUGUUGAAUUUGAUGAAUACAUGGAAAAUACGUAAUAUGGAAUAUCAUUUUUACAAUUGCAGUAACUAUCUGGCAAAUCUUCAAUGGAUUAGUUCUAAACAUCUUGCAUGUGCUAAACCAUUUUUAAAAUUAAUGCUUACAGAGAUACUACCAAUUAAUAUCAAUAAAUUGAUGGGCUAUUCUUUAUCUUCAUUCAAUAGAAUGGAUUAUCUUUCAUUUUUGUAUUUAUAUCAAUACACUUGA